AUGUCAGCCAAAAUCGAGACAACAAGCCCAGCACCAGAGAAGCUAGUCUCUAAACUCCUAUCCACAAUCGAAGAGAGCAUUAUCCCCCUCACACAACAAGGCGUCUCGAGCGGUUCCAAGCUCUUUGGUGCAGCUAUCCUAUCUCGCAAGGAUCUCACACCCUACACCCUUGCCACAAACAAUGAGCGCGUCUCCCCACUACUUCAUGGUGAGAUCAACUGCAUUCAACAAUUCUGCAUGGUCGACUUUCCAGACCCAGCAACGCGCCCCCAUCCAGCAAAGGACUGCAUCUUCCUCGCCACACACGAGCCCUGCUCCUUAUGCUUGAGCGGUAUUACUUGGGCUGGCUUCAACGAGUUCUACUAUCUUUUCACGUAUGAAGAUAGUCGAGAUCUAUUUGGGAUUCCGUACGACAUCGAUAUUCUACAGGAGGUGUUUAGGGUCAAGGGAGAAGGGGAGCGUGAAGAGCAGGUCCAGCAGAGGCAGCUCUACAAUCGUAAAAACAAGUUCUUUACUGCGAAGAGCUUUGCGGAUGUGGUGGGUGAGAUUGGUGAUGAAAGCGAGAGGGAGAGAUUACUCAAUGAGAUUACUAGGGUCAAAGGUCUGUAUAACAGUUUGAGUGAGACUUAUCAAGAAGGAAAGAAGGCAGGGGCGGAAAGCUCGAGUGUUUGGAAGUAA